AUGUCUGCACUUGUUCAACUCAUUUUCAAUCAAAAUACUCCCGAUCCUGAUAUUGUUCAGCACAAAACAAACAAACGAAAUAUCCAACGUACUAUUCGAUUCGUUGAAAGACAAUGUCUAAAAUUAGAAAGAGAAGAAGCAUCAAGUACCUUACAAUUAAAACGAUCAGUCAAUCGGUUUCAAAUCCCAGAAACAAAAUCCAUCGCCCAUCAAAUCAUGAAGUUGAGAAAACUAUCCAGGAAAAUGCACGAAUUAAAAGUUUCAUUGCAGGUUCAUUGUUUGAAAUUUGAAUCGAUCAAUUAUUCGAAUGGUGACGAAAUGAAACAAGUAAUGAACAAAAUCUUGACUCAAUUGAUCAAGACGAAUAACCAUACACCAAACUUGUUGGACGGAAUUAUUCAUGAAUUUAUGGAAGGAAGUAGUGAUGCUAUUUCAGUGAUCCCUUCAUCAGAAGAGUACACAGUGGAUGAUUUUCCAGAAUGUUGCGAUGAAGAUGAGGAAGAUGAUUGGGAACAAAUUGUUAGGGAAAAGAUGGGAAUGCCAAUUGUUUAUCCAAGUGAUAGUUAUUCUCACAAUGUGAUGAUGGGUAAUUUAUCAUCAUCACAUUCUUCAAAUGCAGAGGAUGAUGUAUUGAGAGCUCGUUUGGCAAAUUUGAAAUAA